AUGAAGCUCAUGGAGUCUGGCACGACUCCCGGAGGAAUCCAAAGGCUGCAAGCUUUCAACCUUCUGGUGCUGGUGACGGUGCUGGUAGCGUGCUACCCUGUGAUAGUGUCGGCUGUGAUACACAAGCGUGCCUUCGAUCUGCAGCGAAUGGCAACCGGAAACGAUCAUCGGUCAUCGUUUGGAUGGCUGGAUGAAAAUUUCGAUUUGCAUGGACGGAUUUUCCCGACAUUCCACUGCCCGCGGACGAAACGAGCCCUCGCCUCAUCAUUGCUGGCCGAUGAAGGGGUGGAGAGGCGCAGCGAAGAGGACAACCGCGGGCGGCUGAUGAAUCGUGCCGGUAGACACCGGGAACAGCUGAGCAUUCAGUAUGGACUGCGAGGCGAAUCGAUGACCCUCGACCUAACGCUCAACGAAAACAUCAUCCCCGAGGCGGGCUAUAGCUUCGUGAGUCAAACACCGACGGGAGAGGACGUGGUGGAGCAGCUCACGCGGAACGACCUAGAGUUGUGCCACUACGAGGGAACGGUCCGUGAGCUGCCCGGGUCUCGCGUGGCCGUUUCCACCUGCAAUGGGACGAUCGAUGGAGUGAUUUAUGCGCUCAACGAAACCUACCUCAUCGAGUAUCACAAUCAAACGCACCUCCUAUACCGCAGACGGUUCCGACGGGAGGCGAUGGAGAUGGCGGACGAAAAGGACGGGACGCUGCAGGAGCUCGACGGUGGAGAUCGACCGCUGAAGGCAGCCUUCAGUACCGGAUAUCGGGAGAAUGCCGACUCGCUGUUUGUUGAGCUGGCACUCGUCGUCGAUCGAACCCUAUUCCUCAAGUUUGGCUCCGAAAUGCAGCGCGUCCAUCGGCAUUGCCUAUCGGUGGUGAAUGUGCUGAACGAACUCUAUCGACCACUGAACAUCUACAUCCUGCUGGUGGGCGUAAAAGUGUGGAACACGCGUGACGAAAUCGUCAUCUCGACCGACUCGCGGCAAACGCUGACGAGUUUUCUGGCCUACCGGAAGGAACAUCUCCUACGUCAGAUGCCGAACGACAACGCACACCUGCUAACGGCGGUCCGCUUCCCGGAUGGAGUGAUCGGGAAGGCUGAACUCGGAUCGAUGUGUACCGCGGCCGGCUCGGGAGGGAUCGCCGUGGUGGAGAACUUUGUCGUGACACCGCUGGCGACCACCUUGGCGCAUGAGAUUGGACACAACUUGAAUCUCGAUCACGAUUCGGAGGAGUGCGAGGCCGGUGGACGCCAGUGUCCGGGACCGGGUCCUUGCAUCAUGGAGGCAAAGCUACGCGACUCGGGAGAUGUACCGAGUCGGUGGAGUUCGUGCAGUGUAGGCGAUCUGCGAGAGUCGUUGGCUCGAGGAGUUGGCACUUGCCUGCGGAACAAACCGUCCGGUUUGCUGGUACGUGCUGUUUGUGGGAAUGGAUUGCUGGAACCGGGAGAGCAGUGCGACUGUGGACACAGGGAUCGUUGUGAUAAUGCGUGCUGUGAUGCGAAGACUUGUCAGCUGAAGGCUAAUGCUACCUGCGCCACUGGCGCCUGCUGUGAUCUGAAUACCUGCCAACCGCGCGAUCCUGGAAGUAUGUGUCGGGCGGCGCGAGGAGAAUGUGACCUGCCCGAGUUCUGUGAUGGCCAAAGCGAGCUGUGUCCCCGGGAUGUGUUCGUGAGGGAUACGAGUCCAUGCGCCGGAGGUGAUGCGUUCUGCUACCGAGGACAAUGCAACACUCGGGAUCGUCAAUGUCGACUCCUUUGGGGUUCUUCGGCUCAGUCUGGACCUAACGUUUGUUACGAUAUGAACGUGAACGGAACGAUGUAUGGAAACUGUGGCAACAAUUUGGUGGCAGGGAAUGACGCCUACGACCGCUGUGCCGCUCAUGACGUGCAGUGUGGUCUACUUCAUUGCACACAUCGCAGCGAGAAGCUCGAGUACGGUGUAGAGGCGUACGCCAAGCGGACUGCCACCAAAUUCCAGCACUACGGACCGCGAGGAACGGUACGGUCGACGGUUUGCAAUGCCGUCAUUGUGGAUCUUGGACCGGCCGUAGUCAAUCCGGGGCUGGUCCCCGAUGGGACCAAGUGUGGAACGGGCCGGAUGUGCUUCCGACAGCAGUGCGUCGCUGUUAGUCGAUUGCAGGAAGAGCGUGACAUUGGCGACGAAUGCCCUGGGGACUGCGCUGGCAAUGGUGUGUGUAAUAGCGAAGGUAACUGCCAUUGCCAUCCGGGCUUUGCGCCACCCUUUUGCGAUCGCCCCGGCGAUGGAGGUUCGAUCGACAGUGGACCGGUUGGAAGGACUGGUGGCCGUGAUUCGUACGAUCUACUUCUCAAGGUGUUCCUGCCUGCAAUGAUCAUCGGGGGGUUGCUACUAGUCUUCAGCCUUUGGUUGGUCAUCACCAGAAGAUCGCUCCUGAUGGCCCAACUGAGACUCGUUCUGAAACGUUUCCGGGAGCGUAAAUACGGUCACAUCGUCCAACCAGCGUCCGCGGCUCCGGCAGCUCCUAAACCAACUAUCCAACGACCAACAAUUCCGCCACCACCACCAAUCCCUCCAACGCAGCCACUCAAACCGGCGCAGAGCUUCAUCAACGUGAACAUCAGCAAGAGCGGUAAGGUGACGAUCGAGAACAAACUCCUCUCCGACUCGCCCUUCCUCCAUCAACAGAGUGUCGUCGAUACGCAUGAAGCAUUCCGGUUGCGGCGCCUGCAGGAACGUUCAUACAGCGUGGAGAGUGUCGAACAUCCGUUGGUACAGGCGGAAACGCACACUCCCAGGGAAGAUCGCAGUCCGGUGGUGACUCCUACCACACCAGCGACGCCCUCCUUCGGGUCGGUCGUCCAGCAGCUCAAACAGGCCGAUCGCAUGCAAACGUAUCACCAGAAUAGGUCAAAGAGUGACGAGCAGAAACCCACCGCCGGUCGUAUGCUCCCCAAGCUGCCCCGUCAGCAUACGGUCGGGGAUUUUGACUCGAUCGAACGGUUGCCGGAUGUUGGAGAGGAAGUGAACGAGAAGCAGAACGGGGGAGCAAAGCCGACUCGCCCGAGUCCCAAACCGAUCGCCAUCCCAAGACCACUGCCGAGGGUGAUGCCACAUCAGGGCUCACUUCAACCUCGGCUACUUCCAGCGACUCCCACUCCGCCCGGGAAGGUGUCUAAGGUGUCUAACACAACGAGCAAAACGACAGCCGCUGGUGGAUCUAAUGUGGCGGCACUGAAGGCAAAGCUUAAUCUAGCAGAAAUAGGUGCAAAACGAUAG